CCUUCUCUACUCAUCAAAACAAAUUUUAGAAUAUAUUUUUUUAAAUAACAAUAAUCUAAACAGAGAGAAGAAAAAAAAUGGUUGAUACAGAUUGCAAGAGGAAGAUGGUGUCACCGGACUUACCUAGCAAGCUCCACGUCACCAUCCCCUCGCCGUUCAAGCUCCCCGUCUCAUCCCCAAUCUCCUGCUCCGCUCCUUCCUCUUGCUCCGCCUACGAGCUCUACCUCCGUCUCCCCGAGCUCAGAAACCUCUGGUUAUCACGUGACUUCCCUCACUGGACGCACGAGCCUAUCCUCAAACCGUCUCUCCAAGCUCUGGAGAUCACUUUCAGAUUGGUCUUAGCCGUUUGCUCCGACGCGAGACCGUACAUCAACCACCGCGAGUGGAACCGACGGUUGGAUUCGAUCCUCACGAGUCAGAUCAAACUCAUAGCAUCCAUCUGCGAAGAGGAAGAAGAUGAAUCAGCUCCUGUCGGAGAUAAACGAAGCUCUCUCAGCUUGCUACCACAGCUAGCCACGUGGCGUAAGUCGGAAGCCUUUGGGAAGAAGAUCUUGUCCACGAUCGAUAACGAGAUGAGGUUCUCUAAGUACACGCUCGGUCUCGGAGAACAGAACAUCUCCGGGAAACCUAGUCUCCAAUACGACGCCGUUUGCAGACCGAACGAGUUAUACAUCCUCAAGAAUAAUCCUUACGCUGAUCAUAUCGAUAACAACGAGAACGAAACGUUAUACAUCAUUCACCAGAUCAUAGAAUCAUGGCUCCACGUUUCCAUAAACCUAUUGAAACGCAUCAACACGCGUGUUGACGAAGGGAGGUUCGGUGAAGCGUCGGGAGACGUCUACUUGGUCGAGAGUAUAUGGAAGCUUCUCACCGAGGUUGAAGAUCUCCACCUCCUGAUGGACCCCGAGGACUUCCUCAAGUUAAAGAAGCAGUUGCAUAUCAAGACGGCCGGUAAAAACGACGCGUUUUGUUUCAGGUCGAGAGGUUUGGUGGAGGUGAUGAAGAUGUCUAAAGGUUUGAGGGAGAAGGUGCCGUUUGUGGUGGGCGUUGAGGUGGAUCCCACGGGAGGACCGAGGCUGCAAGAGGCGGCGAUGAGGCUUUACGCGAGAAAGGGAGAGGAGUGUGAUAAGAUUCAUUUGCUUCAAGGGAUGCAAGGUGUGGAAGCUGCGGCGAAGAGGUUCUUUUUCGCGUAUAAGCAGGUGGUUGCGGCGGUGAUGGGGAGCGCGGAGAUGAACACGGAGUGUGACUCGGUGAGUCAGAUAUUCAUGGAGCCGACUUAUUUCCCGAGUCUUGACGCGGCGAAGACGUUCUUGGGAGAGUUCUGGAGCCACGUUGGGUGAUGAAAGAAAGGAGGAACAAAACAAUUCUUUUAAUACAGCUUUUCUAUUUUUAUAUAAAUUGGUGAUUAGUUGUAAGUUGAUGAAAUUUUGAAAGAUUUGAAUACAAUUCAUUUUAUACUA